AUGAUGACCCACAGACAUGGGAACCUCUCAGCUGAACCCUUGCAGGAGUUUGUGCUGGAGGGAUUCAGGGGAGGCGUGGAGACACAGGCCCCGCUCUUUGCCAUCUUCCUGGCCCUGUACAUAGUGACCAUCAUGGGCAACCUCACUAUGAUCAUAGUCAUCACCCUGGAUGCCCGCCUGCACUUUGCCAUGUACUUCUUCCUCAAGAACCUGUCCUUCCCGGACCUCUGUUACUCCUCUGUCAUUGCCCGUGCCCUGGCCAACUUCUUCUCCUCCAUCAAAGUCGUCAGCUUCAGGGGCUGUGCCACCCAGUUCUUCUUUUUAUCUUUCCUUGUCACCACUGAGGGCUUGCUCCUGGGAGUAAUGACCUAUGACCGCUUUGUGCCCAUCUGCAGCCCCCUGAGCUAUGCUAUGGCCAUGUGCCCCACAAGAUGCUCUCAUCUGGUGCUGGGCUCCUACUGUGGAGGCUGCCUCAACUCCAUGGUGCAGACCAGCCUCACCUUCCAGCUCCCCUUCUGCAGCUCCAGUCACAUCAACCACUUCUUCUGUGAUGUGCCACCCCUGCUACAGAUAGUCUGUGCUGACACAGCUCUCAAUGAGCUGGUCAUGUUUGGCAUCUGUGGCUUCAUCAUUGUGGGCACCACUCUUGUGGUCCUCAUCUCUUAUGGCUACAUCACAGUGACUAUCCUCAAGAUGCGUUCAGGAGCAGGGAGACAAAAGGUCUUCUCCACCUGUGGCUCCCACAUGACAGCCAUGUCCUUGUUCAUUGGGACAGUGUUUGUUAUGUAUGCACAGCCAGGAGCAGUGGAUUCCAUGGAGCAGGGCAAGGUGGUCUCCAUCUUCUACACCCUGGUCAUCCUGAUGCUCAACCCCCUCAUCUACAGUCUGUGUAACAAGGACAUGAAGGAUGCCCUGCAGAGGCUGGGACAGAGACGGGCAGCCCUGUGA